CAAUCCUCCACAAUCCCAUCAGCCCCCCAAAUCAGCAGCGCACAAUUGUGCUCAGCGCGGAAACAGAAAAUACAGUGGCACGAAAUAUUGUUUUUUCACGGAGUUUUAAACAAUAUGUGUGAAAUGAUCAUAGCGAAUUCCUUACUUAUUGCAUCUUAAGGUAUAUAAGUAUGUUUGUUUUGAUGCUUUGAUUGUACGCAGGACGCUCUGUGUCAGUCUUGUUUCAAUCCCGCCGCUAGCAUAGCAGGCCUCCACGUUUAACGUGUGAAACGCAAGCGAAUCUUAUUUAUGAUAAUAAGAGGCUUAUUUAAAAAUGUCUGGGUUUAACUUCGGCGCCGGAGCUGGAGGGUUGAGUUCUACAGUCUCGGCUGGAGGAGGGUUUGGCGCAUUUGGAGCUGCCGCCGGUGCUUCAAGUAACCCUGCUGGCACAGGGGGCUUCACCCUGGGCAACAUGGCCUCUGUGGCUCCGACGAUCGGUGCUGGCACCACCACCACCACCACCUCAUCCCUGGGACUUGGAGGCGGACUCUUUGGGCAAACAAAACCUGCCACUGGCUUCUCCUUCGGGGGAGCCCCCACUGGAACCGCAGCAACAUCGACUGUGACAGGGCUGACAUUGGGGGCACCUGCAACCACGGCUGCGGCUACAACAGGCUUCAGUUUAGGGUUUAGUAAACCAGCCGCCUCCGCCGGCCCCUUCAGUCUUCCCACCGCGGGAGGGGGCCUCUCUUUGGGGUCCACACUGACGUCGGCAAUGCCAGCAGGUUCGACUGGGUUUUCGCUCAGCCUGGGCAGCACCCCGGCUUCAUCUACAGCAUUAACAGGCCUGUCGCUGGGUUCUUCAGGGUUAGGGUCCAGUCUGUUUGCAAGCUCUGCAGCCACAGGUCUCGGACAGGGUUUUGGACAAGGUCUCGGGCAGAGCUCUCUAGGCUUGGGCUUGACUUUAGCAGCUCCUGCAGCUACUACCAGCCAGGGUCUUGGAGGAGUUGAUUUCACUAACUCUUCGGAGAAAAAGAGUGACAAAUCAUCAGGAGCCAGACCAGAGGAUAGUAAAGCGCUUAAGGAUGAAAACCUACCUCCUGUCAUCUGCCAAGAUGUAGACAAUUUUCAAAAGUUUGUGAAGGAGCAGAAACAGGUUCAGGAGGAUAUCAGCCGCAUGUCCUCCAAGGCAAUGCAGAAAGUGCAGGAUGAUAUUAAGAGUCUGAAGCAGCUGCUGUCUGUGUCUGCCAGUGGCCUGCAGAGAAACUCCCAGGCCAUUGAUAAGCUGAAGAUUGAAACGGCACAGGAACUCAAAAACGCAGAAAUUUCCUUACGGACGCAGAAGAUCCCUCCUGGUCUGCAGCAUGAAAACACCGCCCCAUCUGACUACUUCCGGGUGCUGGUUGCGCAGUUUGAAGUGCAGUUGCAGCUCUAUCGACAGCAGAUAGAGGAACUGGAGAACCACCUGACCGCCCAGGCCAGCAGCUCGCACAUCACGCCUCAAGACCUGUCUCUAGCCUUGCAGAAACUCUACCAGACCUUUGUGGCUCUAGCUGCUCAGCUGCAGUCUGCACAUGAAAACGUGAAGAUCCUGAAACAUCAAUACCUGGACUACCGGAAAGUGAUCCUGGAAGACUCCACAGAUGUGUUCGAGUCCAAGCGGGCUGCUACCAAGAAGUAUCGGGCCGCCCCGCGUGUCACCACUGGCCCCACCCCUUUCAGCAGUAUACCCAAUGCAGCAGCCAUUGCCAUGGCUGCAACACUAACCCAGCAGCAACAGCCUGCUACAGGAGCACAGCCGUCUCUGGGGGCUAGUUUCGGAGCGCCCUUCGGCUCAGGUAUGAGCACUGGCUUGCAGUCAAGUGGCUUGGGCUCUACAAGCCUUGGAGCGUUUGGCAGCGCCCCUGGCUUUGGAAGUGGUGCUGCAGGAAGCUCCACCUUUGGAUUUGGAUCUGCAAGCAAGCCCUCUGGAAGUCUUAGUGCAGGCUUUGGCAGCUCUGGCACAACUUCAGGGUUCAACUUCAGCACCCCCGGCAUCACGGCGUCGGCCGGCCUGAUGUUCGGGGUGUCCAACCCCCCUGCCGCAGGGUUCGGGACAGGGGGGCAGCUGCUGCAGCUCAAGAAACCCCCCGUGGGAAACAAGAGGGGCAAAAGAUAAGACUCGCCCAGAAAUCCUGAAGGGAAUGUAGAGGUAGACAAGCCAAUGACGUUACAUUCGAAAAUAUCUAUUUUUAUAAGUUAAAAAGGUGUAAAAAAAAAAAAAAGGUCAAAUGGGUACUAUGUGGUGGUGGUGGUAAUGACUUGUUUGUUUAAUAUUUUAUUUUUUUGGUUUUUUUUACCCGUGUCGAAGGUAACUAUUACGUAAAAAUGUACUGCGUGAAUCUCAAGCUGAAAAGACUGGUGGUCGAGACUAGGUUUUGCCACAUGUGGAUAUUUAAUAAGUGAUGAUGGCAUGGAUCAGUUAUGGUGACAUGACUUUCUCUGAGUAUUAGAGUUGUGUUUAAUUGAAUCUGUCAGUGUAAUAGUGUGCAUUCAUUGGAGAAUUACCAGUUGUAUUUUAUUAUCCUUAAAAGCAAACAUGAGUUGAUAUUGCUUUAAUUGUGAUACAAAAGAUGCCUUACUUUGUACUGCAGGAUAUGUAAUAAUAAUAAUUCUAAUGAAUUCUAAUUCCGGUAGCUUCAGCAUUGCUAAGGAUUAUGAAAGCAUAUGUACCAUUGGGUUUUCUUCCCCUGGUGUUCGGCAUGCGAUUUGAAUGCAAGCGUGAGGUAUUGCUGGUUUUACAUGUAUGAGUAUGUACAGUAGCUCAGCUGUAGGACAUGCGGGUGAGAAGUUAGGAUAAUAAUGUCUUGUUUUGUUUUUCAUUACAAAGUGUACCUUUUUAAAGGUGUUAAUGGCACAUACUGCUGUAUAAGCAUCCCAAAAACAGAACUAAUUUGUUAAUGAGAUUAAAAAGGGCACAGGUGUGAAGAGGGAUUGUCUGAGGCAGGGGAUUCUCGUCCUUCAGGUUUUAUGUGGUUUCAUGAAUCAUUUGAACGCACUUGCGGUAUGGGGGUGUAGCAUUCUCUUAGUACGUGCUUGUUUUUAAGGAGUGCAAGGAAAUGCUUGUUACCUUUUAAGACCUCUGAGGUUAAACCAGAAUUAAAACGAUUCCGACAGCAGGAAGGUCCGACCCAUUAGAAAAUAAUUCUUACCACAGCACUUCUCCAGUUGAGGCAGGUACUAGUCUGGUUUCAAGCAAGAAGGUUGCAGUAUGUCAGUGUUUUGGUUAGGUUUUUUUUUCCCUUUGCGUGUGAGCUGCUGGGUUUGUCUCUGUCUGCAGUGUAUUGGUGGGGUCGUCUGGUAGUAACCCAUCUGACUUUCCCAGUUUUGCUUCUACGUUUAAAUAACAAGACUUUUUGUGUUGUAUCUGCAAGGUCAUUCAGUUUGUAUGUGUUAAAAGAUCUCUGAAUUUGUAAAUUAAAUGGGUAUUUUUUUUUGUGUGUGUUCUGUUUUUCUAAGAGUCCACAAUGUUUUAUUACCAAAAUACAUAAAUAUAUACAUUUUACUACAACUAUAUAUGCAUCAGAAUGUAUGUGUAAACAUGUAUUUUUCAACUUGAAACAGUAAACCAAUUUAAUAAAAACCGUAUUUCACAAAAAA